AUACCAUUUUCUUCUUGUAUUUUUGUUCAAAAAAAAUGAAUUGGUUGACACUUUUCAUACUAUUUGGUGCCAUUUCCAAAAUCGAGGCCUUCAUAAAUAAAAACCCUCUGGAAAAUUCCGAUAUUGCUGAAAUACUCCCUGGGGAUCCUGGGGAGAAUCCAGAAGAGUCUGAAGAAUCUGACCGCGCAGGAGUUUCAAGAGAGCUAGAAGAGGUUCGAGUUCUAGAAGAACCAGAAGUUCCAGAUGUUCCUGAAGCCCUAGAAGAGCAUGAAGUUUCCCAGGAGCUAGAAGAAACUGAUCAACCAGAAGAUCCCUGUCAAUCCUGUCCUAUGAUUAGCUUGGAGGAUCCAGAAGAUCCAAGGAUCAGCUUUUACAUUGAAAGUGAUCUGAAUGAUGGUUGUUCUAAGCGACAAGCCACUUGCGAGGCCAACCCCGGAACCAUGUGCUCAAAUUUUCAAAUUCACGCAGAAACCUCAGCUGGAGCAACAGUCCCAGUGGGAAGCUGGAAUGCUAACGGAGCUGAAAGUUCUUUGUCGUGCCAAGAUGAUGGUACAUGGCUAGAUCAAGAAAAUCCAGCUCUAGCGGACACAGUUGUGAACGUGGUCAAGCUGGUCUGCUCGUACGAUUGCGAAUGAGGACUAAAAUACACUUUGCAUUUUGAAAUUUAAUAAACCGAGAGUCAGUUUA